AUCUGAUUCUCCUUCACUUCUGUUCUUAGGCAGAUUAAUAGGCACCUGAACAGACAAAUAACAGUACUACAUCUCCUUCACACUCUUUUGACAGACUUUUGAGACUGCAAAAUAUUUUUGGAAAAUUAUUAUUGGAAAAAAGAUUACUGAAUGAUCAGGCGGACAGCAAUUUUGCAGGCUGGAACAAUUAGUUCUCCAGCACUCACAUGAGCACAUUUGUAACUUGUACUUAAAUGCUGAUGGGACAUUUUUUAGAAUGUGAUAAGUGUGAAAUAACCCAUAGUUUUAUCAGUGGUGGUUGCUGCCCACUCCUGCAAAAAAAAGUUUUAUUGUGAUCAUUAAGUUGCAGGUUUCAGUGGCUGCCCAGUUGAUCCGUUCACUCUAUUGUCUCGGAAUUAAGUCGUGUCACAGAUCAUGGCUCCCUGGCCGGAGGUAGAAAAGCCUGAAACCAACAAUUAUAUUGGGGACUCUUCCAAACAAAACCAGAACAUGGCUGGGAAAGAAGGAGAAAAUCACAAAGGCAACGUGGCUUCACUUGGAAAUAAAGGGGAAAUUCAACCUGCAUUUUCCACAGUAGCUUUGAUAGAUGAGACAAGACCAGAAGAAGAAGACCCGUGGGCUCUGCCAGAACUGCAGGACACCGGGGUCAAGUGGUCAGAUCUGGAUACAAAAGGAAAAGUCAUUCGUGUACUCUAUGGCAUAGGGAAGUUCAUUAUGCUCCUUUGCUUACUCUACAUGUUUGUGUGUUCUCUGGAUGUACUGAGCUCUGCUUUUCAACUGGUAGGAGGUAAAGCAGCAGGGGACAUAUUUAAAGAUGAUUCAGUGCUCUCAAAUCCUGUUGCGGGACUGGUGAUCGGAGUUCUGGUGACUGUGAUGGUCCAGAGUUCCAGCACCUCCUCAUCCAUCAUAGUCAGCAUGGUGUCCUCCACAUUGCUGACUGUUAGAGCAGCUAUUCCUAUCAUCAUGGGAGCAAACAUUGGCACCUCAGUUACAAACACAAUUGUGGCACUUAUGCAAGCUGGGGACAGGAAUGAAUUUAGAAGGGCCUUUGCUGGGGCAACAAUCCAUGAUUUCUUUAACUGGCUGGCGGUGUUUGCACUGUUACCUGUUGAAGUCAUUACUGGCUAUCUCUUCCAUCUCACCAAUGUUAUAGUUGAGUCCUUUCAACUUGAAAGUGGUGAGGAUGCUCCAGAGCUACUAAAAGUUAUCACAGACCCCUUUACAAAGCUCAUCAUUGAGCUUGAUAAAUCAGUAAUAAAUGCAAUUGCCAUGAACGAUGAAUCAGCAAAAAACAAAAGCCUGGUAAAGAUCUGGUGUGUGACUGAAACCAAUGUGACACUGCAGAAUGUCACAAUUCCACCUUCCGAAAACUGCACAUCUCCUGAGUUUUGCUGGAGUGAAGGAAAUACGACAUGGACCCUCAAGAAUAUAACUGAAACAGACUACAUCGCUAAAUGCCAACACAUCUUUGUAAACUCAGACCUGCCUGAUCUUGGUAUCGGGCUCAUCCUUCUGGCUUUGUCCCUGCUUGUUCUCUGCUCCUGUUUGAUAGCCAUCGUUAAGCUAUUAAACUCUGUGCUUAAAGGACAAGUGGCCAGUGUUAUCAAGAAGACAAUCAACACUGAUUUUCCAUUUCCUUUUACUUGGCUGGCUGGAUACCUGGCUAUGCUCGCAGGGGCUGGUAUGACCUUCGUUGUCCAAAGCAGUUCUGUUUUCACAUCUGCCAUUACACCCCUUGUUGGCAUUGGCGUUAUCAGCAUUGAGCGCUCUUACCCGCUCACCUUGGGAGCCAACAUUGGCACAACCACAACAGCUAUACUUGCAGCCCUGGCAAGUCCUGGGAGUACAUUAAAAUAUUCAUUACAGAUUGCCUUGUGCCACUUUUUCUUCAAUGUCUCUGGGAUUAUUCUGUUUUAUCCGAUACCUUAUACCCGCCUGCCAAUCCGCAUGAGCAAGACCUUGGGAAAUAUAACAGCCCAGUACAGAUGGUUUGCUAUAUUUUAUCUUCUCCUCUGUUUCUUUCUGUUGCCUUUGUUUGUAUUUGCUCUGUCACUGGCAGGCUGGGGAGUCCUUUUGGGUGUUUGCCUUCCCCUGUUUCUUCUUUUUAUUGCUGUGGUUGUAAUUAAUGUUAUGCAGAAAAGGAAGCCACAUUCACUGCCUGAGAAGCUCCAAAACUGGGAUUUCCUACCUGUGUGGAUGCACUCCCUAGAGCCCUGGGACAAUAUACUUAUGGCUUCCCUUGCUUUUUGUGGGAAACACUGCUGUGGCUUCUGCAAGUGUUGCAAAGUCAAUGCUGAACAGGAGGGUGCCAAAGACAACCAGCUAAAAACUAUGGAAGUUUAUGAAAACACCAUGGCAAUGGCUGAUGAUGAAAGAGGUGGAAGAAGGGCACCAGCAGUAGCUUGUGUUGACAAAACAGGCACAAACAACACAGCAUUAUAGUAUUGGAUCCAUGCAUAUUAGCAGAGAUACAGCACAGGACAGCCAGGCUCAUCAAAACCACCUUGGACCUUGCACUGAGGACAGAGUGAACAUUUUGUUAGGUUUCUGAAGCCAGUGAUACAUCACUCAUCAAGGAAGGGUGUGAAAACAAGCUUGACAGAGUCCCUAGAAUAUCUCUGCUCAGUUCCAAAGCUAAUGACAGAUUUGCUUACAGAGGAUCUUCUAUGUGGUACCUUCCUCCAAUGUUAUCGGUAGCAAACAAAAGAAAUCCUGAUGUAGUCCCAUGAAGAGAGGGAUGACAGAAGUGGCAAUCAAUUAAAACUUAAAAAACCCAAUAAAUAAUGCACUUGUAGAACAGCCUUUCUGACCUACUGACUCAGCAGAAAUUACUUCAUAAUACCUAAGAAGUCCUUGAAAUUUAAAAGAAAAAAAAGCAGGGGGGAAGGGGAAAAAAAGGGAAGAAAAUAAAAGGGGGAAUCCCACUGUUUUCGUUGACCUGUCUGCAGUGGUCAAAAUGUAAAACAGUAGCUUUCCUAGAAUCCUAGAAUAGACAAAAUCUAUUCUAUGUAUGUGAAGGAAAACGAAAUGCUGGGACAUCCUUCAGAAGCUCUUGGAGUCCUACUCUGGCAUAAGAGUGUACCUAACCCCACUGGAGCCCUCUCUGUCUCCUCUAACAGCGGGGACAGGAGCUACAGCCUUUUGCUAUCUCAGGCUAAAGACCACAAAGGCAAUUGCUGCUCCCUCUGCCUGCUGAAUGCUAAGAACUCUGUAUGGAGACAUUGGGUUGCUACCAAAGGUCUUGGCUGACUGAGGAUGUGAUUGUGUGGCCAUUCCUCUCUCUAGAAGGCCCUGCUCACCAUGUAAUGCCACAGCUAUGGGCUGGUGCAGGAAGGAGGACACGUAGGAGAGGACAGAGCUGUGCCAGCCCAGGCUGGUGCCCGGGGAUCUGUGUGCAGCUGUGGCUCCAUUUGCCUGAGCCACAAAAGGAGUUUUCAGGGUAGCAAUGGAGAUUGACUUUAGUGCUACAACAGAGGGAGCCCGCAGAGCAGAUUGUGGCUAGCACAGGGCAUUUGGCAACGUUUACUGGAGAGAAAGGGGCUUCCACCACCCCUUUGUGCUCUGAACCACCCUACUUGGAGAUAAUGUGAAUUUUACUGGCAAUUGUAUGUAGCAAUCCAAAUCCCAAAUAAAAUCCAUAAGGAGUGUAGUCACUACAAUGCCUAGCAAAUCCAUGGGUAGUGCAAUACUUGAUAGGGAGCUGCUUGUGCUCAAAUUUUACCUUAGUGAUGUUUUAGUAAAUGCUUGUGAGACUGCUCUGAAUCAGGGGCUGACAGAAGGCAUAAUUUCAGAAGAAGAACAUUUCAAAGAUGCACUCAGUACUUCUGCUGGUUUUCAACAGCUUAGACAUUACUGAGUAUGGGACAGUAUCUGAAGUCCAAUCACUAAUGUUCAAAAAAAAUUAGACGGCUGAGUGUAAACCAAGUGUCAUUUAAAGCCCAUUUAAGUGGCUGAAUUUUAAAUUAAAUGUGUAAUGAAAAUGCUGAGAAGACCUUUAGUGUAACAAAGCUACUCAGUGCUGCUAGAACACAAUUUCUUCUGAAUAGUUGUUUUUUGCAGAGCUUGGAAUUCAGCAGGUUAAAUUCAGCAAUCAAGUAAAUACAUACAGUUUAGAAGUGAAAAUUGUUUUCAUUUACUUUUUUAAGCUAACAGUAAAACUGGCAAACUAUGUGUUUGCAAAUUGCAUUCAAACUGAGAUUCUAACUUUCGUAAUUGUGAGCCAGUGACAAAAUGCUUAGAAUCGGAGUGAAAUUCCAAAACCAUCUAGUUUUGGUAUAGUUCUGCUCUUUUGGAGUGUAGUACCAAACAGCAGAAUUAUGUCAAAUGUUCUUUUUAUUUUCCUUAUGCUUCAUAUAUUUGAAACAAUUUUGUCAGCAUCUCAUUUUUAAAGUGGAAUUUUUAUAUUUUCAGUAAUUUUUCUUUAUUUUAUUCUCACAAUUCUGGAUACUUUUUGAAUCUGUUUCUUUAAAUCCCAAUGUGCAUUUCCCAUGCCCUAUUUCUCUGGGAAAAUAUGAGAAAAAUAUCCAGAAUUGUUUUCAAGUUAUCUUACGUUUCCAUUGACCACCCAUCGAAAGAGGAAACAUUUUAGUCUACUUUUACUCAUUUCUUGAACAACAUGCACCUUAUUUUGCCUCUUGAAGUGAAGCCUUCAAGAGCAGUGAUAAUAACUGUGGGAAAGCAAUUCUUGCAAACGAGUCAGGGUAAUAAUUGUCAGGCAUAUCAGUACUUUAUGGUUCCUCUCUGAAACGUCUCCUCUCCUUGCUCCAGGUCAUACCGUGCCAUUGUGUUAAGCAGAUUCCAAGGAGUAUUUCUGUUUAAUACAGCAUGCUAUGUCCUGGUACACUCACCCCCACACUCUUACUAAAAGAUAUUUACUCUUUAUUUAUAAUUGUUUGAGUGUACAGAAUUUUUCGUAACUUAUAGAGAAAAAGGCUCGUGAUUGUGUUAUAUAUUACAUAUUUGAAAACUAUGCAAUGUUUAUCUAUAAAAAUGUAAAAAGGCACUACUGUAUAUUUUGUAAUAUAACUUUUCAAUUGUUUGUAACUGUGUAUACUGUGUAUUAUGGAGACUGUUGGCUCCAUCAAUAGGUUACUUAAAGAUUGUUAGUAAUGCAGAGACAGAUUUCCUAAAGACGAAAAACAACUGUAGACUUUGAUAAUAUGGCUUAAUGCACAAGGAUAUUGAACAAUAUGUUUCUAAAAGAUUUGAAUUUUCUGUAAUGAGAAAUUUUGGAGAUACAAUGUUUCUAAAAUACUUUUUUAAACUCUUAAACACUUUAUCUUUUACCUCUUUCAAGGACAGUAUAUGUCUUUAUAUUUUGUCAUGAAUGUUCA